UUACGUUUGAAGGGGAGGGGACAAAAAAAAAAGGCAGAAGGAUAUAAAAGACUCACUCAGGGCUUUAUUGCAGGAAUAUUUUUGCUGCUGGAGUUUGAGCUGAUUGAAUUAGUUGCUCCUCCUGUGAGUGAAACGCACGAGGAAAUUCGCAAGUUUCGGAAAAUCGGACAUCGUAACCCAAAAGAGGUUAGGAAGGCAGUCCAAAACACUCGGAGUAAAUAAGAGAAGAGAGGGAGAACUAUCCCAACAGCGUUUGGAGAGGACGAAACAACAAAUCAGGAAACUCCGAGAAAAGAGACAGAAUGUUCGGAAUCAAAUCGCUGGCUGUCCUGUUUCUGAUUUCCCUGGGCGGAAUUUCUUCAGCCAACACGCAAAAGUCAUUACUUUCGGAAAGGAACCACUUUGAUAAUCCAGAGGGUUCAGGGUUCCCUGGACGAAACAAACUUCAAUAUCCUUUCUACGAGCAAGAAGAAGGUUCUGGUUUCGCCUCUGGAGAUGACCAUGAUCUGGAUGAUGGUCAAGGACCAAUCGAUGAUGAGGAUGAUGAAAUGGACAACCAUAUUGACGAAAGUGAUGAGGAUGUCAUCUCUGAAGUAGAAGAUCCCAUUAUCAGCAAUGAGGUGCUGCAGAGGAACAACGCUGUACCACAGGAAGACAUCAGUAACCAGGUUGCUAUGGCAAGCACAAAUAGCAGCAGUGUCUUUGAAAGUACAGAGAUGCUUGCAGCAAUGAUUGCUGGUGGUACAAUUGGCCUUCUGUUUGCCAUCCUUCUCAUCCUGCUGCUCAUUUACCGUAUGAGGAAGAAGGACGAAGGCAGCUAUGACCUGAGCAAAAAGCCAAUUUACAAGAAGGCACCAACCACUGAGUUCUAUGCAUAAGCUUCAUCUGUGCCUGAGCUUCUGAACAACAGACUUUGUAUUCUUUCCAAGAGCUUCCACCUUAACAAGACAAAGACAAAAGUGGAGACAAAUUCAACUGUUUUAAAAUCUUUUUUUAUAUAUAAAACAUGCAUUACCAUGCGUGUAUUAUGUAUAUUUAAAAAGUCCACUUUUUUAAAUGCUGGAGAAAUGUUAUGUAACCCAGAUUAAAAGAUUUAAGGCAUUUUGAAAUGUAAGAGCCUAGAUAUAAAAAGCAGCCUAGUCUGAUUUGCCUGCAGUGAAAUAUUUUCUGCCACUAUAUGAGGGGGCAAACAAAGAAAGGUUUCAUAUCUUUGAAAUUGUAGCUGAUAUUUAGUUCUCCUAUUCUUUGGGCAGGCAGGAAAAUUGUGGCUUCUUGCUGAAAUCCUUGGAUAAACACUAAUUGGCGGUUUAUCAGCCUUUAAGAACCACAGAUGUUUUUCUACCACUUUUUAAAAAUAAAACUUAGUUUUAACCAAUGGACCUCUUGCAUGGUUUCUCCCUUCUUCUUUCUCCCCCCCCCCCCCCCCCCCCCCAACAAUGCAGAAUUGCUUCGUUUUCUCAUCCCCCAAUAAAUUGGACAUUUAAAAACAGAUAGGUUAGAUAUUUACUUAAUCAUUGUUACCUUUACGGUAGUAUUUUACUAUAAACACAUAGCAUACAAUUUUGUUCCUAUAACACCACUGUCAAGAAUUCUGUAGAACUGGUUCUAACUAAAAUCUUGUGCUUUUUUUAAAAGAAAAUAAUUUAUCUAUCUUAAAAUAUUUUAAUUGUCACCGCUUGUUUCAUUUAUUUCAAGGUGUGAUUUUCUAUUUGUAAAAUGUUUAAUUCUAGGAUGUACCUUUCUGCUGUUUGUAUCAUGAGCAAUGACAAUAUUUACAGUUGAGUUUCAUACUGGAACAGUCACUUUUAGCAACAUGUGCAAUGCAGCACAACUUCAAGUUCUGUAUUACAUAACAGCUGCUGUGAAAGGUGUAGAGUAAAAGAUUUCCUAUUUUCUGAAAUUUUUUUGCUUCAAUUUAACCCAAUUCCUAAAAAUCCCUUCCUUACAUCCUGGGGAUGUACAGACGCUACAUGCUGAUGACUUUUGACCCUUAAAUCUCCCAAUAACUUUGACCACUGCCUGUAUUGUUGCUAGGAGACAGAAGAUUCUGUGCAAGAAAGAUGCAAAAUGUCAAACACCAGUUCAAGUUCUUUUGUUGGGUACUUGAAGAUUUUUAAAUUGCAUUUCUCAUUUGUACACCAAUUCUGACUUUUUUUUCUGCGGGUGAAAUUCCAGCUCUGUAUAAAUCAUAGCAUGUUGACCUCGAGCUUUGCAGUUUUACUUUUUAAUGUCAUUGCAGUAAGUGAACUUGAGAAUACACUCCCUUGACAUUUAGAAUGAUUGAUUGAUUUUUGUUUUUAAAAAAUGUUUUCAAGUGCCAAAAGUUUUUUUUUGUGCUUUGCCAUUAGGAAGGAAGAACAUGAGCUCUUGCCUAAACUAAACCUUUAGUUACAUACAGUUGUAUUUGUUUUUCUUCCAAUGGGAGAGAAUUUAUGGAUAAAUUUUAUAGCUAAAGCAUCCUUCUCUAUUGCAUGUUUGCAGCUGGCAGAUCCUGUAAUGCAAAAAGGAUUUCAAUAUUAAUGUUUUUUCCUUGCUCAUACAUUUUUCAUAGUAAUUUCAUAAAAACACUAAAGCAGUUCCUUCAGAUCUCCUGUGGUAAUGAGCUGAGCUGACAUCCGCUUGAAACCAAGAAAUCUACUAAGCAGUGUGUUGAUUGGUGCUAGUACCCUGUCAAGGGGUCAAACUUUUUGGGUAGUCCCUCCUGAAACAACUUUGUCUUUUUGUGAUUUAAAGCUUCUCGUGCAGCUUUUGAGAAAGCUCUCACAGGUCAAUGUUGACCCAGUACAGAGGUCUGUUAUAGGAUAGGUUGAUUUGAUAUUUUGUGGCAAAUGUAUAUUUUGAAGGAAGAGAAAUUUUAGACAAGGAUAUUGGUGAACUUGGCAAAAGAUAAUGGGGUUUUUAAAGCCUUAACCAGAGUUUUCAUUCCACUAAUGUGGAAAGCUUUCACCGAAAGAUCCUUCAAUCCAUUUUGAAGCCUACAGGAUUUUCCCACCAUGAGCUGCUAGUUAUUCUGCAAACUAUUCCGAUUCAUAAUGUGUUUUUUUUUAGUUUCCUAGAUGAACAACAAAGGAGGUGGUCAAAGGCUAUGAUGCCUUUUUCAAGCAUUGACCUUUUCUCAAAGCCUUGAUAGAUCUGUGCCUUUGCAAAGGCAGUAAUACUAUUUGAGGCAGCCGGCAUCCUCCCUUGCCACAAGAGAAGCCACUUUGUGUUUGGCAUCUGUUUUGAGGGUUCGCUUUAGUUGAUGUAAUAGUAUGUGGCCAAAGCUUGAUGCCAUUCUUCAACUGAUCAGUAAAUGGGAUGGGAAUCUAAGUCUCUGUUUUUCAUAGCAGUCUGUCUCCCAAAACGCUAAGUCUUCAUAUACUGGCUCCAGUAUUUUGAGAAAUGCACCUGGGUACAGGGCUCUAGAAAAAAAGUAUAAAUAAAGUAUAAUGUUUCUUUGGUUUUUCAAUAAAACUAUAUUUUGGUACAUAAAAUUUUCUUGGUUUCUUUUGGAUUAUUGGUGUAAAUACUAAUAGCAACACUUUAAUGCCUUGAUGUAGGGGGUGGGAUUAAAAGUUUUAUAAAAAAAAACCUAUAUAUGGAGUAUACCAGAACAAACUCCAUCCCCUACUCUUUGUAUAUUGUGGAGCCAACUGGUGGUUAUUGACUUUGCACCAAGGGUGGCUAUAUGCAAAUUAAAUCUGUCAGAAAACCUAAUUGGAGCAAGAGGUUCAAGCAAUGACUAUUUUUCAAGCUGGACCUCUUCUUUUUAAGUGAAUUUUCAUUCCUUAUCUUUUUGAUGAGUUUCAUUUCACUGCAGAGUACAAAGCCUUUUGGGUAAGAAGGGAUCUUCCUGCACUCUGUGUAGUAAGUCAUUACCUGCUCGUUUGAAGGGGUUUGAAUGGCUUGAGUUGGGAAAAGCAUUGGAACAGCUUUUAUUGUAGCACCUUGUUUCCCUGUUAGAGCUUGAGGCCACAUACAUUAAGGCCUUGCUAUUGCAGGAGAUGGAGGAGGAAACCCCAUAAGAUUUUGUGAUGCCACCACCUCUUAUGGGAUUAAUUAGGGGAAGGAGCAAUAGCCACCAUGUUUCACUCAUGACAUUCCAAGUGUGAUCUGUGCUGAAAUUGGUGCGGUGUUUGGAAAUUCUAACUAUUGAGCAAUGACUGGUGGUUGCAACACAACAUCUAACUUCAGGGUGUUCAUACAGUGAACACCUCUUGUAUAUGCAGAAUCCACACUGGUCUAUUGUUUUUUUUUUUCUAGUGCUCCACUUGGUAACUUCCAGUGCAUUUUGUACAGCAAAGGGGGAACCAUUUUAACCCAACUCACCUGAAUGAGGUAGCACACCAGUUUUGCAUCCCUCCCCAAUAUUGCCCUCCAUGGGCUUGAAAUAAGCUGGCAAAACAAUGCGCCUGAUCCUGUUAGUAUUCUGAGAGGCAAGUUGGCUUAAAAUUACUCUGCAAAUGAUCCCAACUGUCGGAGUACCAGUGGAAAGCCUGUAAUUUGUCUUCCUAUUGACUAAUUGUUUGCAGAAAAGGUGAUUUGCUAUUUUCAGAUCUGUACAUAUUCAUAUAUUUUAAUUUGUUCUGGAUUUUUUAAUGUAUAAAUAAAACAUAUCUUUACACAAA